AUGUCAAGACACAACAGACCACCACUUUCCCUCAAACACAUUGCUAAGUAUAUGAAAGGAAAAGAGUCAAGAACCUGUGUGAUCGUCGGCUCAGUUUUAGAUGACCCUAGGCUUAUCAACGCCCCAGAAAAUCUUCAACUUGUCGCUUUAAGAGUUAGUGAAACAGCUAGAGCUAGAAUUGAAGCUGCCGGUGGAAAAGUCCUUACCUUUGACCAAUUCGCGAUACAGAAUCCUUCUGGAGCUAACACAGUCCUUCUAAGAGGCCAGAAAACUGCUAGAGAAAGCUACAAACACUUCGGCGCUGCCCCAGGUACCAAGAGAUCCCACGCAAGACCUUAUGUGAGAAGCCAUGGAAGAAAAUUCGAAAAAGCUAGAGGAAGAAGAUAA